GAGAAUUCUCAUACCACAAAAAUACCCAAAGCCACAGCACUCCCAUCUUCCCUCUACCUCGCUCUUCUUCUUCUUCAAACAAACACCAGAGUUAACGGCGUUAAGUCAGCUGCAAGGCCGUUAACAGUACAUUCUUCCCCAGAAAUCUCUUUUCCCUUUAAAUAUCGCCACCCUUUUGCCGAUUUUUUAAGUCAAAAAAGAAAAGCCACGAUGUCUCGUGUUGUAGCGGAAAAUAUAUCGCCGGAUAAUAAUACUUCUUCCCAGUUUUUCCCUCACUCGAUGGAGCUUGUCUCCGGAGAGUUUUCAACCGCGGCUGGAGCUUUCCCGACUCUAGGGCAAUUGCUUAAACACGUCGACGAUGCACGGAAAGAAGUCAGUGGCGACGAAACUCCGGUCCAUGAAAUCCUCGUCGAUGUUACCCAGCCGAGGCCAAUGCCAUUUGUUCUUUCCUUUAACAACCUUAGUUAUAGUGUAAAGGUUUCCCGCAAGAUGGCGCUUCCGGGGUUUUUGAGACGGAGAACCAGAAGCGCCGCCUCCUCGGCCACCGGAGACCCGCUAGCUGCUGAUAGGUACUUUAACAAGACGAAGACGUUACUAAAUGAUAUCUCCGGGGAGGCUCGAGACGGAGAGAUACUCGCUGUGCUUGGAGCGAGUGGGUCGGGGAAAUCGACGCUUAUUGAUGCUUUAGCUAAUAGAAUAGCUAAAGGGAGUUUGAAAGGGAACGUGACUUUAAACGGCGAAGUUUUGGAGUCGCGGAUGUUGAAAGUGAUUUCAGCUUAUGUUAUGCAAGAUGAUUUGCUUUAUCCAAUGCUUACUGUCGAAGAAACCUUAAUGUUCGCUGCCGAGUUCAGACUUCCUCGGACCCUGUCGAAAUCCAAGAAGAAAAUGCGAGUUCAAGCUUUGAUUGACCAACUAGGCUUGAGAAACGCAGCCAAAACUGUUAUAGGUGAUGAAGGUCAUCGUGGUGUCUCUGGCGGAGAGCGUCGUCGUGUAUCAAUUGGAAUUGAUAUAAUUCACGACCCCAUUAUUCUGUUCUUGGAUGAGCCAACAUCAGGGCUUGAUUCGACAAGCGCCUUCAUGGUGGUUAAAGUUUUGCAGAGGAUAGCUCAGAGUGGAAGCAUUGUUAUCAUGUCUGUUCAUCAGCCAAGUUAUCGAAUUCUUGGUUUGCUUGACAGAUUGAUAUUUUUGUCUCGCGGACAAACUGUUUACAGUGGUUCACCUACAAACCUGCCGCUAUAUUUCUCCGAGUUUGGGCAUCCGAUACCCGAGAACGAGAACAGAACUGAGUUUGCUCUCGACUUAAUCCGAGAACUCGAAGGAUCUCCUGGAGGAACCAAAAGUUUGGUUGAAUUCAACAAGUCAUGGCAAAACAUGAAGCAUACAGGAGACUCCGAGCCAGAUCGGCUUGGUUUGUCACUCAAAGAUGCAAUAAGCGCCAGCAUUUCAAGAGGUAAACUUGUUUCAGGCGCUAGCAAUGAUGUCACUUCCACUUCCAUGGUUCCAAGUUUUGCAAAUCCUUUUUGGAAAGAAAUGGUGGUGUUGUCAAACAGAUCCAUCUUGAAUUCAAGGAGGAUGCCCGAGUUGUUUGGUAUCCGUUUGGGAGCUGUUAUGGUAACGGGGUUUAUCCUAGCCACCGUAUUCUGGCGGCUUGAUAACUCACCGAAAGGGGUCCAAGAAAGAAUAGGGUUUUUCGCUUUCGCCAUGUCGACGACCUUUUACACUUGUGCUGAUGCCCUUCCAGUUUUUCUCCAAGAACGGUACAUUUUCAUGAGAGAAACCGCUUACAACGCUUACAGGAGAUUAUCUUAUGUUAUAUCAAACGCCUUGGUGACUUUGCCGGGGUUGAUUUUCCUGUCAUUAGCUUUCGCGGUUACAACCUUUUGGGCAACUCAAUACGUAACAUUAUAG